GCGCGCCCCGCCCCCGCCCGCCGGCCCAGCGCGCUCCCGAUCCCGAGCUCGGGAUCCCACUCCGCCCGGGUGCAUCCGUCUGGGAUCUCGCGGCGCCGCCGGAGGACGCGUCAUCACCCCGCGACCUCGGAGAUGCUGCGUGACGUCACCAGCGCGCCGCCCUCCUCCCACCCUGUCGCGAGCCGGUAGCAGAGAGCCUAGGUGCGUGUAGUUGGGCCCGGCGGAACCAUGUGUCAAGUGGGCGAGGACUACGGGGGGCCCGGGCCGGCCGAGCUGCAGCCGAAGCUGCCCUGGCGCGGCUGUGAGCAGAAAUGCAUGAAGUGCAAGGAAGGUUUGCCUGUCUUGAUCAUCCGUGCCGGAGAUGCUUUCUGCAAAGACUGUUUCAAGGCGUAUUAUAUUCAUAAGUUCCGAGCAAUGCUAGGAAAGAAUCGACUCAUCUUCCCAGGAGAAAAGGUCCUUCUUGCGUGGUCUGGCGGUCCCUCAUCCAGCUCAAUGAUCUGGCAAGUCCAAGAGGGUUUGAGUCGAGAGUCUGCGAAAAGGCUGCGCUUUGUGCCGGGCGUUAUCUAUGUCGACGAGGGAGCAGUUUGUGGGCAGAGCCUGGAGGAGAGAGCAAAGACCGUGGCAGAGAUGAAGUUGAUCUUGCAGACGGUCGGCUUCCCAUAUCACAUUGUCUCCUUAGAAGAGGUUUUUAACUUACCUGCGUCAGUCCUGCAGCCCGUUUCCCAGGGCCCCCAAGGGCCGGAGAAUACCUACAAGGAAGCCGUGGAUGGCUUUAUCCAGCAACAGCAGAGACUGCCAGAGGAAGGGGGCCAGGAAGCUGCCCUGAGCGAUGAGCUGAGACGGCUUAGCACCCGGGACCCUGUGGGACCAGAGGAGGCCGCCGGCGACAGCCUCCCUAGACCGGCCCAGAGCACGGCUUUAACGACUCUCUUCAGCUCCGUGAAGACUCUGACUGCCAAAGAGGAGCUUCUGCAGACCCUCCGGGCCCACCUGAUCCUGCACACAGCUCGGCUGCACGGCUACUCCAAGGUGAUGCUGGGGGACAGCUGUACCCGCCUGGCCAUCAAACUCAUGACCAAUUUGGCGCUGGGGAGAGGGGCUUUCCUCGCCUGGGACACAGGCUUCUCGGACGACCGGCACGGGGACGUGGUCCUGCUCCGGCCCAUGCGAGACUACACCUUGAAGGAGAUUGCCUUCUACAACCGGAUGUUUGGCGUGCCCUCGGUCUUCACCCCAGCCAUUGACACCAAGGCCCCAGAAAAGGCAAGUAUCCACCGGCUGAUGGAGAGCUUCAUCCUCCGAUUGCAGGCCCAGUUCCCUUCCACCAUCAGCACUGUGUACAGGACCAGUGAGAAGCUGGUAAAGGCUCCCCGGAACGGGGGUGCCGCUGGCCCCGUGCCCACUCGGUGCCUUCUCUGCAUGUGUACUCUGGACAUCGACAGUGCAGACAGCGCCACUGCAUUCGGAGCCCAGACCCUGGAGCAUCUCUCCCAGAAACCCACCCCGCCCCCAGGGGCCCCUGGGAGGCCUUGCUGCACCAGGGGGACUGAGCUGCCGCGUGCCUGUUGCCGGGGCCCACAGCCCGCGUCCCAGAGGGAGGAGCCCAGAGCCAGCUUCAUUGAGCAGCUGUGCUACAGCUGCCGGGUGAACAUGAAGGACGUGCCCUUCCUGGAGCCCCUUCCUCCCUACAUCCUGACAGAGGCCCAGUGCCGGAGGCAGAGAAUUGGGGAAAUAAAGCCUGUGGCCACAGGGGGCUGUGGCUUCCUGCUGGGGACCCUGACCCAGAUCAGACCAUCAGGAGUUCCCCUGCCCAGCUCUUGGCCCACAAGCUCGGGGAGAGCAGGUCCCAGGGAAGGGGCCUCUUGGGUGGCCUGGGUAAAGCAGGAGAUCCAAGAAUUCUUGUUUGAGGAGAGCGAAGGGGAAGAUCCAGAUGGGAACUGAACGGACCGAGUGGGCCGGAGGCCAGGACCCUGUUUUGGAACUCUGGGAGGCCAGAGGCCACCCCCGGGCUCGCCAUCCCCGGCCCGACGCCUUAGGGACCCUUCCUGAUCUCGGCCCUGUUGGGGCCGGCCUCCCCCCUCCACACGAGGCCUUGCCCCUGAGGGCCCCCUGCUGCUGCUGACAAGUGCUCCUGGGCCCAGCGGCUGGGGGGCCGUGGGCGUCCACCCUGACCCGCGCCCCCAUCCCAGCAGCUCGGGGUGCAUCAGCUAAGAGAGCGAAGGAAACAAGCCAGGAGGCGAGGCCGCAACUCGCUGUUUAAUCGUCCGUCUGUAUAAAUAAAUCGUUUUUAAUUAGAAAA